GCUCUGUCCAAAACCGCAUCGUCACCGCCCAACAGCCAGAGCACCCAGCGCCAGCCGCCGCUCACGAAAAAGCACAAGCUGCCAUGGAUUGGUCUGGAAUGACAAACGCCGAAAAGGCGCACAUGCAGUCUCUGAUGGAGAAGAAGCAAAUGCAAGACUUUAUGCGCCUGUACUCCAGACUCGUCGAUCGGUGUUUCAACGACUGCAUCAAUGACUUCACGUCCAAGGCUCUGGGCAGCAAGGAGCAAAGCUGCCUGAGCAAGUGCACCGAAAAGUUCAUGAAGCACUCUGAGCGAGUUGGUCUGCGAUUCGGCGAGCUCAACCAGAUGAUGCAACAGCAGCAGCAGUAAUACAACCCUUCAAGAAACAGCGAAGCGUGUCUUUUGAUCCAGAAUACAUCGCACGCAUUUGGGCGAUGUUCAUCAA